CGCGAAGCCAAAAUCAGCGCGCCAAAUCACCUAAUUGGCUCUUCCCUUAUAAUCCACCGCCCAAGAUGAAGGAAUAUGAAAUAUCUCUAAAUUAUUCUUCAGGUCCCUCCCUUUUACCCUACCUCCUCGUCUUUCCUUAUCAAUGGCGGCGGCUAAAUCGACGACGAUGGUUCUGAGGGGUAGAACUCGGGCUCCGAAGCGCUACUCCCACACCCUCUUCAAAGAUGAAGAUGGUUUCGAUUGCGACGAUGUUUGCUGCGAGAGAUGCGGGUCUGGUGAUUUUGGAUCAAAGCUUUUGUUGUGCGACAAGUGCGAUAAGGGAUAUCAUCUAUUUUGCCUUAGACCCAUUCUCGUUUCGGUUCCCAAAUGCUCUUGGUUCUGUCCCUCUUGCAGCAACAUUAAGAAACCCAAAUUGUUUCCUCUGGUCCAAACCAAAAUUGUUGAUUUUUUUCGGAUUCAAAGGUCAUCUGAACCGACAGAAAAACUAAGUCAAAGCAACAUUAAAAAGAGAAAGAGAGCUGGUGGCUUUGCCAUGUCAAAAAGGAAAAGGAAAUUGUUGGCAUUUAAUCCAACAGAAGACCCUCAAAGGAGGUUAGAACAAAUGGCAUCAUUGGCGACAGCACUCAAAGCCUCUGGGACUGAGUACAGUAAUGAGCUCACCUACAGGCCUGGCAUGGCAGUAAGGUCAGCUAAUUGUGCAGAUUUUGAGAAGGGAGGAAUGCAGGUUCUACCAAAGGAAGAUAUAGAGGCCUUAAAUUUGUGCAAGAGGAUGAUGGAAAAAGGAGAAUGCCCUCCGCUUAUGGUUGUUUUUGAUCCUGUGGAAGGGUUCACUGUCCAGGCUGAUAGAUUUAUAAAGGAUUUAACUAUAAUUACAGAAUAUGUUGGAGAUGUCGAUUUCUUGAAGAACCGUGAACAUGACGAUGGAGAUAGCAUGAUGACCCUGCUGCAUGCAUCAAAUCCUUCAAAAAGCCUUGUUAUUUGUCCUGACAAGCGUGGCAACAUUGCCCGCUUUGUCAAUGGCAUCAACAACUUCUCACCGGAUGGGAAAAAGAAGCAAAAUGUAAAAUGCGUGAGAUAUGAUGUCAAUGGGGAGUGUCGAGUUUUGCUGAUUGCAAACAGAGAUAUACGAAAAGGAGAAAAAUUGUACUAUGAUUACAAUGGAUAUGAGCAUGAGUACCCCACAGAACAUUUUGUGUAGCUUUUUUAUUCUCCCUGAUUACUGAUUCCCAUAAAGGAUAGAACUGAUGCAAUUACUUGUAGUUAGCAAGCUGUAUACACACAUGAUUACAUAUCCCUGGUUCAACAGUUUUUCUGUAACUCUUUGGGGGUUUAACUUUAUGUUCAAUAGAGAAAUCCAGAUUUUGAUCCCAUUUUCUGUGUGCCUUCUUUUUUUCUUUCCAUAAUGAAAAUUAACUUGGGCCUUUGGCCAUUUGAGAACAAAGUACUGGAGAAUGGCUCAAAAAUCAACUUCAUAAGGCCUUUGUCUUCGAAAGCCCAUUUGUUUGCUUUCUUCACAAGGCCUCUGCCCUGGCCUUAAUUUGAAUGUUUAAACGCCCAUAUUAGCAAUGGGCCGUACUUGUUUCGAGGCACAAACACGGCAUUGUUGUAGUUUCCUACCCAGUAAGGCAACUUCAUGGGUUUUUUCUAAUUUUAGUGGGCAGUGGGGGUGCUAUGAAGGAUCAAUCCAUGAUUGAAGAAUGAGAAGUGGCCGGCCUCUUCGAAUCUCUUCGACAAAUGAAAUCUGAUCUAAGCUCCUCAUCUGCCCUGAUUUAAGGUGUCAGAUGCAUUACAUUACGACAUCAUCUAAUCAUAUAAAGAGACAU